UUACUGGCCGUUAUACUCCCCUCUUGCUUUUUUCAUAUUAGCACAUUAUGUUUCUUCUUUUCACAUGCUUUUGCUCUUGCUCUGGUUCUUUAAACAGCUUCAAAGGGGGAGGGAUCCCCAUGCUCAUGAAAGCUCCACUUUGCAGAUCAGAUCUGCUGGGUCCUACUGUCUCUCUCUUUCCAGAGAGUUAAUAUCUCCAAGGCUCAGGUUUGCUUUUAUCUCUCAUGCCUGUGCAACCCAGACAGCUGCGCCUAUCCUCAGCAGUCUCGACUGAAGAACAGUAAUUCACAUCCUCUUGUUAUUGCCAUGAGGAAUACACAGAGGUUCUUUCUCUUUGUAGUGGUUUCUUUUUCUUUUAACGUUUUGCAGUUUAGAAGGUGUUCACAGGGCACUCAACUGUAGCUGCCAACUUUACUCCUUACUUCAUUCUGUGGAAAUCGAUCCAACAUGUUUGUUGUGAUGUUCUCAAAGUGACCAGCUGUUGAAGGUGUAUGAAAUGCAAAAUAUGGUGGAAGGAAUUUGUCGUAGCAAACGAGCUGUGGAAAGAAACCUUGCCGCUGAAAGGUAUAUUGAAGCGACGCAGCAGAUGCUGAGGAGAAGCUAAUGAACCACCUACUGAGCCCUGCCAGGUAUAAUAAGUUAAUUCGCCCUGCUGUCAACUCCUCACAGUUGGUAUCUAUAGAACUGCUGGUUUCCCUGGCACAGCUAAUCAGUGUGAAUGAACGUGAACAGAUCAUGACCACAAAUGUCUGGCUAAACCAGGAAUGGACCGACUAUCGUUUGGCAUGGCAGCCCUCUGACUAUGAAGGCAUAAAUAAGCUGAGAAUCCCAUCUAAGCAAAUCUGGCUGCCCGACAUUGUGCUUUACAAUAACGCGGAUGGUACAUAUGAAGUUUCUGUGUAUACAAAUGUGAUUUUAAAGAACAAUGGAAGCAUUUUCUGGUUGCCUCCAGCCAUCUACAAGAGUGCCUGCAGGAUUGAGGUGAAGCAUUUCCCAUUUGAUCAACAAAACUGCACACUGAAGUUCCGCUCUUGGACAUAUGAUCACACAGAAAUAGAUUUGGUACUUAAAACUUCCAUGGCAAGCAUGGAUGACUUUAGACCAAGUGGAGAAUGGGAUAUUGUAGCACUUCCAGGAAGAAGGACUGUAAACCCCUUAGACCCAAAGUAUGUUGAUGUGACAUACGACUUUAUUAUUAAAAGGAAACCUCUUUUUUAUACCAUCAAUCUUAUAAUUCCCUGUGUGCUUAUUACAUCAUUGGCUAUCCUGGUGUUCUACUUGCCUUCAGACUGUGGUGAAAAGAUGACCUUAUGCAUAUCUGUACUGCUUGCCUUGACUGUGUUCUUAUUGCUGAUCUCCAAAAUUGUCCCACCAACAUCACUGGAUGUUCCACUGAUUGGAAAGUACCUGAUGUUUACAAUGGUACUAGUAACAUUCUCAAUAGUUACCAGCGUCUGUGUACUGAAUGUCCAUCACAGAUCUCCCAGCACCCACACUAUGCCCCCAUGGGUAAAGGUGAUUUUCCUUCAUAAACUUCCAACUUUUCUGUUCAUGAAACGCCCAGAGAAUACCUCUGCAAGACAAAGCUUAAGCAAGCGCAGAAAGAAUAAAUCUGAUAAUCUAUGCACUGAUCCAGCCAACCUGUACAAAAACUCCACCUACUUUGUGAACACAGCCUCUGCCAAAAAAUAUGAUUUGAAAGUUACUGAGAAUCCGGAUAACAUCAGUGGCCAUCAAGAUUUUAGGUUAAGAUCUUCAAUGAAGUUUUCUCCAGAAGUCCAAGAAGCAAUUGAUGGAGUCAGUUUUAUAGCAGACCACAUGAAAAGUGAGGACAAUGACCAAAGUGUCAUUGAAGAUUGGAAGUAUGUUGCCAUGGUAGUGGACAGACUGUUUCUCUGGAUAUUCAUCUUUGUUUGUGUCCUUGGGACUGCUGGGCUAUUUCUCCAGCCCCUUUUUCAAAACCACUCUGCUGCUGUGAGCCCUUAACUCUCAUUUAAAACUGUAAAAUGUUUACACAGAUGCUGCACGUGAUUUUGCUCCCAGUUCCACUGGUGUAAAUCCAAAGUGAUGCCAUUGAAGUCAGUUGAGUUAGUCUGGAUUUACACUGGUGAACUGAGAGCAGAAUUUGGCCUGCUGUAUUAACAUGAUGUUAGGAAUUUUCUAGAAGACAAUCUUUUCUUUUUUAAUUUCAUUACUUUUGAUUAAAUAUUGGCUCUUUUUUUAAUAUGUUUAAAAAUUUUACAGAGAAAUUUAUUUAUUUCUACAACUUACCAGUUUUCCUCAGAGUGCACCAGGAUCAUUAUUAAAAUGGCAUUUACUUAUGCCACUUUGGGAAAGACAUUGUGUUUCCAUAAGAUCCUGCAGUUCACAUUGCACAAUUUUGCUGUUUCAAGAGAAACAAUUGCUACAGUAUUUAUUUCCUUAAAUGCAUCAAAAAACUCUGUGUUUGGUUUAUGGAGCCCAACUCAAUAUAUGAUAAAUAAACAUAUUUAUACCCUCUGUUCAUUGG